CUUAGUUAGAGAGGAUGUAGAAUAAUAAGAAAGCUAAAAGAACAAAAUUAACCAAAGAAUAAAUAGAUGUGUUGUAAUAAGCAUUUACAUUGUUUGAUACAGAUAAAUCAGGAUCAAUUGAUGAAUCAGAAUUAAGAAAUGCUAUGAAAGUAAUCUAAGAUUUUAAUAUUAGGCUCUUGGAUUCAAUGCUUCUAAAGAAGAAGUUCAAAAGAUGGUUGAGUAAAUAGACAGAGAUGGAUCUGGUACAAUCGAAUUUUAGGAAUUCGUUGAAAUGAUGAAAAAGAAAAUGUUGGAGGAUAAGAAUGUUGAAGUCGAAAUAGAAAAAGCAUUCAACUAUUUUGAUGAUGACAAUGAAGUAAUUAACUUUAAAUAAUUUAGGGUGCCAUUGAUCUAGAAAAAUUAAGAAGAGUUGCAGCUGAUUUAGGAGAAGAAUGCGAUGAGCAAACUUUAAAAGAUAUGAUUUAUGCUGCUGAUCUUGAUUAAGAUGGCAAAGUUAGCAAAGAUGAAUUCAUGAUGGUUAUGAGGAAAAUGAAAUUAAUAUGAUAUAUGCUUUAAAAUUU